UUGUAGUUCAGUUGUCAUUAACAAUUUAUCGGUGCACAUCGUGCAAUGCGAAACCUACUUCUAUUCGCUACCGUGUUCGUCGGGACCGUCAUUUCAGAGUUCCAGAAUCCCUACCCUCCAGUAGCGGCGCUAUUUGGACCUCGGAACAAAUUCAUCUGCAAUGCCGUAGUUUUGGGAAAAGGUCAAGUCCUCACGUCAGCCGAUUGUCUUUACCUGAAGAAAAACGAAACUUACUCUCUGGGAAUGCCCGGUGAAUUCCACGUGGCUUUGGAAACUCAUACAAUCGAACAGCUGCACAAUGGGAAAGCUUUCAUCAGAAAAGGUUCCAGGUGGAAGUAUCUGGAGAAGUUGAGUCAAAAGUUUGGAGUCAAGUACGACAAUAAGUUCGGGAAUGGCAUAUUUUCGGACAAACUUAAACCUAGUGAGGUGAGUUACUUGACCAAGGCAUUGCGAUCUGGUGGAAUGGAUUCUAAGAUUAAGAGAAAAUACGUUCCGGUGCUGAGCUUCAGGAUUCAUCCCAUGUUCGAGGAAGUGUUUGACCAUGACUUGGCAGUGUUGAGUAUUCCGGAAAGUUAUCCUGCGGAAAACGCUUCUGUUGCUGAGGUGUAUCAAGCUUCGAUCGUGAGAGCGUAUAAUCGGUCGGUUCAUGUGUACGGGUUUGGAGUUCUGAGUCAUGGCGCAAACGAAACAAAUCGACCGGUGUAUUUCAAAGUUCGAACGGUGGAGAUGUACGUGACGCCUCCGAGUAGUUGCGAGGAGGAGUUUGGGGAUUUCUUCAAGUCAGAUCAGCAUCUAUGCUUGAAGCCGAAAGCGAACGAGACUCUGUGUUUGGGAUUCACUGGUGCCCCAAUCGUUCUUGAUGGGAAGCUGAUUGGAAUGGUUGAGUUCGGUCACUAUAGCUGUAGUUUGGAAUUACCAGUCGUUGGAAUCCGCUUGGACACUUUCCGGAAUUUCUUGGGCUUACCUGCUCCAACUAUUAUGGAUUCUUUCCAAAAGUUUUUACAAAUUCUCAUGGGUUCUAAACCGUGAAAAUCAUUCCCGAAUAAGUCUAUAUGUCAUACCCUAAUUUUACAGCGACAAAUAUUUGAUUUACCCUCGCCAUUUCACAGCAUACCAUCAGCCACUUGAAUGGAAGAUUGAUUACGGUUCGCAUCCCAAAUAAUGAAAAAAAAAAAAACAGCAGCAAGUAUUCCCAGUCAACGCCAGACAAGGUCAUCAAAUUGAAUUUUUCCGAUCCCUUUGGAAUGUGCCUUCGAUCUCAGGCAGCAUCCAGCAGCGUGUCGCAACGAACCGAUUGAGUUAUUUCAUCCGGAUAAAACUUCCCAAAAACUCAACAGCAAGCGGAUGCGUUCCCUUUCCUUGUGAAAGUUUUCCUCGUAGAGGGACGAGGGGCGAAAGUGGGUUUUUUGGUAUUCUGAACACAAACGGAAAUGAAACUUGAAAUGGAUUGGUGCUUCAGGAAACUUAGUUGACAUUUGCAAUAAUCUCUACGAACGCUCACCACCCAGUUUCGUUGUGUAACUUAUAUAAAAAUUUGGGAAAAAAAUAAUGGAAAUGCAUUUUAAUCAAUACAAUGAAGUCCACGCAGACUUGUACCAACAAAAACAAAA